AUGGCAUGUUUGUCCAUCUCCGAUGAAGUUAGAAGCUUUUUCGAGGAAGAAAUUGUUGAGAGAGCGUUGCAUUGGAGGUUAGGUCAAGAAGCUGAUCCAAACGGAUGCCUUUAUAUGUUGCUCACAGGUGGUGUAAUAGAGGAGCCUGUCAAUUCUUUGUCCAUCUCGAAAAUAUGGAUGUUUUCAGCUGCUUUAGGAGCGAAUGAUCUAAUUACCAACUCUCUUAGCCGAAUGAUUCCACCUGAUAGACACAUUGAGGAGGCUGUGAGAAGAUUUGAGAACAACACAGCUGCCAAUGAGAGUGAUGUCGUGAGUUUCUUCAAACGGAUUUCUAAUGUUCCUCUGAACACUUUCCGCAAGUAUGAAAAACGUUUACGUAAGCCUUUGGAGCGAAUUUUCAACAAAGGCGGCGAACAAUUAAAAAGAGCUGCUUAUGAAGGACUUUCCUAUCUGGCAUCAGUAUCUUUGUUGACAGCAGCUUUUGAUCUUCCACCUGAUUAUGGGCACCUACCGGAUGACAGCAUACUGCGAGCAGUAAUUGCACAGUUUGGACGUAAAAGUGUGUGUAGUAAAGAGUCUCUCCAUGAUUUGCUGCCAGUCCUUGUUGACCAAACGCGAAGUGAUGGAAGACAUCUGCCCCCAAUGGAAUGGCAUUUUAUGCUAAUGUCUAUUGAUUAUCAUAAUGAUGAGGAGGCC